AUGAAAAAUCCACUGGUAAAGGAUGCUGCUAACCGUUACAACACGUACACGUACAACGAAACCGUACAUUCCGAAAGGAUACCGGACGAGAUACUUUCCGUAAGAUACGAAGAUGGAAAAUGGUCGAAGCCUUACUACGACUGCGGCGGCGGCAACAUUUGGAUGCUGACCUACACUGUACCCUUUUUCGGCUACUUCAACAACACCUACUUUUUCAAAGGGACAAGUGGAAUCGACAUAGACCUGAGACGAGUGGACAUCGACCAGUGUCCACUACCGAAGGACAGUACGCAGCUCAACAUUUUCGCCGCCUCGGACAAAUGCAAAAAACGCACGACGGAAUGUGUACCAUUAUCAGGACUAGGAUUCCGGCGAGGAAGUUACAAGUGCAUUUGUCGACGCGGUUUUUAUUUUCCGGAUACGAAGGCAGAGAGGAGAUACUACAAUGGAACAGUUAUAGAAGAGGAAUAUGAGAAACUUAUGCUGGGUGAAAAUAACCAGUACAGCAAAGACGGCAUAUUCGAAUGUCUGCCUUGUCCAGAGGGCUGUGAUUCCUGUGAAGAUGACCGGCCCUGCGUCGUCUCACUCAACUGGGUUAUGAGAACCGUCAUUUUAGUCCUGUCGUGCGUUAUAAUAUGCUGCUUACCCAUCGUUGUUUACUUUACUUGGAAAUAUGGAAAUGUUAAGAUGAUUGUAAUGUAUCCUAGACCCAAUAUCUACACCUGCACUGCAAGAGUUUGGCUACGUGAAAUUGGAUUUUCCUUAACGUAUGGCGCCUUGAUGUUGAAAACCUGGAGGAUUUCGGUUAUAUUUCGAGUGAGAUCUGCCAAAGCAGUUAAGAUCACUGAUGUGAAUUUAUUAAAACGCCUGGGAAUUAUAGUGGCAAUUUUCACGGUGUUUCUUGUAAUAAGAACACUGGUCGCUCCUCCCGUUGUUAUUGUCGGACGUACGGCUGAUGACCUAAAGGCAUAUUUAUGCAGAACCGACUGGUGGGAUCACUCCUUCACGACACUUGAGGUCCUGUUUCUGGUUUGGGGCAUCAGGCUGUGCAUCGUUGUUAGGAAAGCACCUUCGGAAUUCAAUGAAAGCCGAUUUAUUUCCAUGGCAAUUUAUAAUGAAUUCCUACUAUCGGUCUUCCUCAACAUUUCAAUGCUAUUUCUACAAAAGCCGGCUAAUCCUGAUCUACUCUACAUCAUCUUCUUCUGCCACACACAAUUGACAGUUACUCUUCUUCUGUGUUUAAUAUUUGGAAGCAAGGCAUUUUUGGUGUUCAAAAACCACGACUCAAGCGAAGACAGCUCCGGAAUGAUGUCCAAGACCCCAACGUCCAAAUUCAUCAAAGCCCGCUCUGGCAAUUCCCAAUACACGAGCACAAACUCGUCAAUGGGAGGACUCGAUUAUUCCAAAUACACCGAACAAGACGUCCAAGAAGAAUUCCUAAGACUCUACACCCAACUGGAAGUGCUCAAAGAGAAGAACAUGAGAAUGGGCAACCGUCACUUGGCAUCGAAAAUAACUGCGAUGCAAGACGCAGCCAGGAGCCACGAUCAACCGGAAAGAACGCUGUCGAAAAUAAACAACACCCUGUGCGUUGUACCGGAACAAACCGUCAACGAUAUCAUUUUGGAAGAGCCUCCGGUUAAAACCAAACGACAGAGCGUCUCCUUUGCAUCCGAAACCGAAACCAACAACGACGCUGGCAGCAACAUGAACAAAGAGAAAGUGCUCGAAGAAAUUGCUAGUAGCAGCAAAGAUGCUUCAAUAGAGCUGACGACCAAAGAAGACAGAAAUGAAAGUCCUUCUGUAGAUCGUAAUGGGAAGUAUCUUAAGUCGGGACAUGCAAGGACGCAUGCGAUUGUUAUUAAUUUAGAUGAUAAGAGUAGAUUUACCGAAGAAGUUACCGUUUAA